CUAGACCCUCGAUGUUCUCCAGGGUUACGUCAUCGCCCUUCACGAAUCCAGGAUGAGAGACUACCGUGUAAUUUUCCCCCAUAAAAUGCAGGAAGGAAAAAUGCAGAGAACAAGAAUGAGUUCUUAGAAAUUGAAAAUAUACUGUUUCCUCAAAUGAAAAUGAUUACUUUCCAGAUUGCAGGCAUCCACUAGGUGCCCAGCACAGGCAAUGAAAAAAGACACAACAUUUUGAAAUUUCAAAACGUCAGGGAUGAAGUGGCAGUUCUGCGGGCAUCUCGAAAGAAAGGGAGGCUCUGGGGCAGCAGCAUUCUUCUCGGCAGAACCCUGGAAGCAAACAGAUAGCAGAAAAAUGCCUUCAAACAUGAGGGAGAGUGGUUUUCAAUGUGAAAUUAUAUUUCCAGCCAAUUUAUCAAGUAAUUAUGGAGAUCAAAUAAAGACAUUUUCAAACAUGCAAAUUUUCAAGAAACUUACCACUUUUCCAAAAGUAACUUGAGCGUGUGCCCCCCGACAACAGGAGAGAUGACAGGAACCCGGGAGAGAGACAGAAUAUUCACUACCCCUGGAAAAAGCCUGGAAGGACCCGCGCCAGAACCGUAAGCAGAUACAGAGAGCCAGAGGCAGGAGAGGUACAGAGGAAACAGGACAGCCUCAGCACCUGUUCCCCUGGGAGGAGCUUACAGCGCCUCAUCACAUGCCUGUCUCGUCACUGGAGGAGAGAAACCAGCCCCUCCAGCGUGGCCUGCUCCUCGUCACCGGACAUUCUUACCUGCUGCGCAGCGUGACCUGUUUCCUCCAGGUGGCUGGGACUGUCUCCUGCACGUGGAGCUGCUCGGACAUGAGAAGAGGUGCGAUAACACUCCGCUCUCCCUUCCCCCUCAUGGUCCAUCCUCGUCCUUCACCGUCGGUUCGAACCUCCCCUACCCACUUGAUGAUGGGGUCGACAGAAGUGAAAGCUGCUGGGUGGUGAAGUGGGUGUCGGGGAGCGAUGCCAGGGCCCGGGUUCUCGUCAGCCUCAGCAGUCACCAGAGCGGUCCUCGCCUGGGAUCUCCGUCAGCGGUUCUCAGAGGCCACCUCCGGAGUGUGUGAACUUGCAGGUCCCUGCGUCUCAGCUCCAGAGAAUCCGAUUCCAGAAGUCCAAGGCAGAUUCUAGGACUCUGCAGGAUCAACAAGCGCUCUGCUGGCUGUUCUGAACCUGAUUCUGGCUUCAGGGGACCAGGGACCCCUCUGUGUGAAACGUCGCUUGAUCUGCAUCUACCAUGAAGAGCUCUUGUCUCCAGCUCUUCCAGACCUUGGAGUUCAAGGUCAGACAGGGAAACUCAGCCCCCCAUCCGCAGACUCAGUCAGAAGCCUGGAGGACUGGGCUUCAGGUUGCUAUCAGCACCCUCUCUGCCCUGGUCCCCCUAGGGAUCCUGAUCUCUAUCCCCACCCAGCACUGGCUUGGCGAGGUGGGGGCCUCUGGAGAGGAGCAGUCUGGUUGGGGGGAGCAGCUGGGAGCAGGGACAGCUCCGGAGGAAGGAGAUUUACUUCCCCAGGGAUUGGGCAGUGCUGUGAUGUUCCUGGCUCAGGGUUUUAAGGCUUUCCCCACCUUUUUAGACACACUUUGGAUCAGAGCCCUUGGAGUUGCUGCCCUGGGCUCACUCAGUGCGUGGUGUCCCCUGGCAGGUCAGAGCACCGUGUUGCACCCCUGCCUUUGGGCCACUGCUGCUACUGCCCUCACCAUGACUCCGGUGAGGAAACUGACACCCACAAAGGUUAGGUAAUUCCGAUUAACGGUCAUCGAGCUUUGGGAAAUCAUCUGCCCCAACCUCUUCAUUUUAUAGCCAACGAAACUGAGGUCUACAAAGGGGUAACAGUUUCCCAGUUUCCCACAGACAGCCGGUACAGAAGCUAAGUGUGCAGCUAACUAGUGAUGAGGCUGGGAGAGCAUUCAGACCUGUGCCCGGGAGCGGGGUUUAUAGAUGGUCCAGGUAGCUGGUAUCAUGCCGGUGUUUUCCGUAUUUAAUCCUCACAGCGACCUCACGAGGACACACUAUAUUUUCAUGUUUGAUAAGAUGAGGAAAUUGAGACUUGGAGAGGUGAAGAGGCCUUGAGUGAGUGGUGGAGGCAGGAUUUGAGCCUCUGUCUUUCUCAUCCAGUCUGUGCUAGCGCUGUUCCAUAGGAAUAUAAUGCAAGCCACGUAUGUGAUGUUAAUAUUCGAGUAGCCACCUUAAAAACGUAAAAGGAAACAGGUGAAAUUAAUAACACAUUUAAUCCAGUAUAUCCAAAAUAUUAGCAUUUCAAAAUGCAAUCAGCAUAACGAGUUUAUUAGUGAGAUAUCUUGCAUUCUUUUCCGUAUGAAAUCUUCACGAGCUGGUGUGCACCUGCAUGUGUAGCACGUCUCGGUUUGGACCGGCCACACUCCAGAUGCUCGAAGGCCACACGGUGGACAGCGCAGAGUGGACUGCUGCUGCACUCUGCUGAGGCCUGGAGCGCCUGCCUGCGUGGAAAUCGGCACCCUGCCGCCGCCCGCUGCUGCCCUGGCAUCCUGCUGUCCUCAGGGAGCAGCCUGCUCUUCUCUGGCCUCGCCUGCCGGCCAACCAGCUCCAUCUGGCUCUCCGGGCCCUGUUGAAUGGCACUUCUAUCAAAACAUCUCAUUUGGAAACGUCAGAGUGGCUUUUGAGAAGUCAUCCGUCCCCCGACAGCGGCUGACAGAUGGUGACAGCACAUGGGCGGCCCGGCGGGGCGUGGCCAUGAACGAGCAGGCCCAGCCACGGAGGAGGGAGAGCUGCACCCAGGAGGGCGAGAAGUGAUGCCCAGCCGUCCCUGCAUAGAAGGACUGCCCUGGGAGGGUGGCUCCCCAGGCGCUGGCCUGGCUGCUGACCCUCAGCCUGCAAACCGCUAAGAGCAGGACUCCAGACUCCUCUUGUGGAUGUUCCCCCGCCCUGUGGCUCCACCAUGAGGCUCUUCGUGGCCCCCCUCUUGCUGGCUUGGGUGGCCGGUGCCACCGCCGCUGUGCCCGUGGUGCCCUGGCGUGUGCCCUGCCCCCCUCAGUGUGCCUGCCAGAUCCGGCCCUGGUAUACGCCCCGCUCAUCGUACCGUGAGGCCACCACCGUGGACUGCAAUGACCUGUUCCUGACGGCUGUGCCCCCGGCGCUGCCUGUGGGCACGCAGACCCUGCUCCUGCAGAGCAACAGCAUCGUCCGCGUGGACCAGAGUGAGCUCGCCUACCUGGCCAACCUCACAGAGCUGGACCUGUCCCAGAACAGCUUUUCUGAUGCCCGGGACUGUGAUCUCCGUGCCCUGCCCCAGCUGCUGAGCCUGCACCUGGAGGAGAACCAGCUGAGCCGGCUGGAGGACCACAGCUUUGCAGGGCUGGCCAGCCUGCAGGAGCUCUAUCUCAACCACAACCAGCUGUACCGCAUUGCCCCCAGGGCCUUCGCUGGCCUCAGCAACCUGCUGCGGCUGCACCUCAACUCCAACCUGCUGAGGGCUGUGGACAGCCGCUGGUUCGAGAUGCUGCCCAACCUGGAGAUCCUGAUGAUUGGCGGCAACAAGGUGGACGCCAUCCUGGACAUGAACUUCCGGCCGCUGGCCAACCUGCGCAGCCUGGUGCUAGCAGGCAUGAGCCUGCAGGAGAUCUCCGACUACGCCCUGGAGGGGCUGCAGAGCCUGGAGAGCCUCUCCUUCUACGACAACCAGCUGGCCCGGGUGCCCAGGCGGGCACUGGAACAGGUGCCGGGGCUCAAGUUCCUCGACCUGAACAAGAACCCGCUCCAGCGGGUGGGGCCGGGGGACUUUGCCAACAUGCUGCACCUCAAGGAGCUUGGGCUGAACAACAUGGAGGAGCUGGUUUCCAUUGACAAGUUUGCCCUGGUCAACCUGCCCGAGCUGACCAAGCUGGAUAUCACCAACAACCCCCGGCUGUCCUUCAUCCACCCCCGCGCCUUCCACCACCUGCCCCAGAUGGAGACCCUCAUGCUCAACAACAACGCUCUCAGUGCCUUGCACCAGCAGACAGUGGAGUCCCUGCCCAACCUGCAGGAGGUGGGUCUCCAUGGCAACCCCAUCCGCUGUGACUGUGUCAUCCGCUGGGCCAAUGCCACCGGCACCCAUGUCCGCUUCAUCGAGCCGCAGUCCACCCUGUGUGCUGAGCCGCCAGACCUCCAGCGCCUCCCGGUCCGUGAGGUGCCCUUCCGGGAGAUGACGGACCGCUGCCUGCCCCUCAUCUCCCCCCGCAGCUUCCCCUCCAGCCUCCAGGUGGUCAGUGGAGAGAGCCUGAUGCUGCACUGCCGGGCACUGGCUGAACCGGAACCCGAGAUCUACUGGGUCACUCCAGCUGGGGUUCGACUGACGGCUGCCCGUGCAGGCCGGAAGUACCGGGUAUACCCGGAGGGGACCCUGGAGCUGCGGAGGGUGACCGCAGAGGAGGCAGGGCUGUACACCUGUGUGGCCCAGAACCUGGUGGGGGCUGACACUAAGACGGUCAGUGUAGUUGUUGGCCGGGCUCCCCUGCAGCCAGGCAGGGGCAAGGGAUGGAGGCUGGAGCUCCGAGUGCAGGAGACCCACCCUUAUCACAUCUUGCUAGCUUGGGUUCCCCCACCCAACACAGUCUCCACCAACCUCACCUGGUCCAGCACCUCCUCCCUCCGGGGCCAGGGGGCCACUGCUCUGGCUCGCCUGCCACGGGGCACCCACAGCUACAACAUCACUCGCCUCCAUCAGGCCACGGAGUACUGGGCCUGCUUGCAAGUGGCCUUUGCUGAUGCCCACACCCAGUUGGCAUGUGUAUGGACCAGGACUAAAGAGGCCGCUCCUUGCCACAGAGCCUUAGGGGACCGACCUGGGCUCAUAGCCAUCCUGGCUCUCGCUGUCCUCCUGCUGGCAGCUGGGCUAGCAGCCCACCUUGGCACUGGCCAGCCCAGGCAGGGCGUCAGGGGGCGGCCUCUCCUUCCAGCCUGGGCUUUCUGGGGCUGGAGUGCCCCCUCAGUCCGGGUGGUGUCUGCACCUCUUGUCCUACCCUGGAAUCCAGGGAGGAGGCUGUCCCGGUCCUCCGAAGGGGAGACCCUGUCACCACCAUUAUUGCAAAAUUCCUGAAGCUCAGCCUGUUCUCAGCAGUAGAGAAAUAACUAGGACUACUUUUUACCUAAAGGGAAGCAGUCUGAGCCAGAUGCCCUGCCAGGAGAGUGACAUGGACCCAUGUGCUUGAGGCCUGGCAGCUGGACCAAGACAGAUGGGGCUUCGUGGCCUCAAGGGGUGCUCCUGCAUCCUGAGGAGCCCCUCCAAGGGUGAGGAAGGACUCUGCCUUGAGCCUUCCGCCUCCCCGGUGGUCUACGUGCCCAGAGGCUCCUGGGCUCCGCCUGGCUGUCCCCUGCCCGUGUCCCCGGCCCUUGGCCCCCAGGAUGCGCCCUCCUCUCCUCUUUCUUUGUACAGUCUCAGCUGCUUGCUCUUUCCCCGCCUGGGCAAGGGCUGAAGGAGGCCUCCCCUCCCCACCUCGUGGGACGGCUCCCAGAGUGGAUCCCCAGCCGGAUCUGAAGGACAUCUGGGGAGACGCGCCUGCGAAGGCAGCCCGGUGGUCGGCACUCUGAGCUUGGCUUUCUGCAGGCAAUUUUGUACCUUUGUGGAGAAAUGUGUCACCUCCCCCCAAUCCAGUUCACUCUUUUCUCCUGUUUUGUAAAAAAUAAAAAUAAAUAAGAACAACAAUGAUAAGGGGGGAAAGGAAACAAAAGGAAAAUAAGCCUUUGAGUACUGCGUAU